AGCCACGGGAAUCGACGGGCCGCGAGCCAAUUACCAAAACGAUGCGUGAAGUGGGACAAUGCGGUAGCCGCGUAUCGCAUCGCACGCAAAUCUCGUCGCGAGUGUCGUCCUCACGUAUCGUCGUUUAGUCGCGACGCGAUGCAAAGCCGCUCACGUUCGUGGUCGAUCACGAGAGGAUCCACGGAUCGAUGAUGACGCAUCCAUGGCUCUGCCACCGAUAUACCUAACCUCUCGGGAACGAGCGAGUGCAAUCGUUCGUGUUGGACAUUGCUUCGCACGGCGCUCUUCCCACGUCCUACAACAAUCCUGGAUUCUAUCCCAGAUUCGCGUUUCCCGCUGGUGAGAAGUAUGUUCCCAGUGUGAACAGUGGGAUAGGUAGAACGGAAUUCCUUCUGGGGGGAAGCGGGUAGAUAAUUGCGUAGUUACAUGUAUUACGGUUAUCGCGAAUGAGCUCUUUUGUUCGGUUUUUACGCGAUGAAUAGGGGAAUUCGUGCACUGUUUGCUUCUUAUCGCAUCAUAUACAUAUCUUUAGACGCUUCGCAGAUGUGCUUUGCCAGUGUUUAUCUCCGGUUCUCUUUGCGCAUGAACGAUGCUUAAAAGCUGUUUACAACAAAGCAUACCACACUCACAUAAGAGAUAUUUAAAAGCUAUUUAUAACAAAGCAAAAUUAGUUGAAUUUAUUUUAUCCGGUGACUAUUGAUUGAUUAUUAAUCGCGAUUCUCGUUAGUUUAAUCGACGUCCCUCCACGCGCAAAGCUUAUUUAUCUUUUAUCAUUUUUCUACUCGCACACACUUUGCCGAUAAAAAUAUGACAUCCGGUUAUACACUCGGACAAAUCGAGAAAGUGGUCAAGAGAGAGAGAAACGCAAGCAAAGUGACGCGUUGCACGGUCGAUGCGCAGGAGACAUGUUCAUUAGCCGUUGUCAUUUCCCCUUUAAGUGACGUCCGUCGAUUAAGCGUGCUGUUUUAAGAAUAGUUCCCCCCUCUCCCUUCCGCGCGCCGAUAACGUUCGUUCGCCUCGAGCGAAAACGACUCGACUCGAGUGCCCGCUGCGAAGCAAAUCCGAUCGUCGGGAUAGAGCACUCAUGGCUCGUCCCUCUCUAUACGAGCACCGACUGCGUCUACCAAUAAUGCCGCCGAUUGUGCGUUUCGCGUUAGGAGUGGCAGUCGUCUGUAAUAAAGUCGGCCGUAAUCGGAGGCUAAUGGCCGGCUCGACGACGUUGAUUGUCCCGAUUGUGUAUGGACCGCGUUGCACCUCGUCGCGCCACAGUUCCGCGUUAUUAAAUUCGGCGUCGUGCUCGAACUCCGCGAGCCGCCGUAUAUCAGUAGUCACUGCGUACCACGCGCAUAUAUAGUGUGUCCCAGAAUCAGCGACCUUAAUUUGCAUUCUUAACAAAACUAAUUCUCUGGACAAUUCAAAAUCGAUUAAAGAAUAUCAGAUAUGCGGGUUCGAUAAAAGAAAAACACGUCGUAUGCGUGGCUAGAAAAAUAUCACUGUAAAACGCAAUUAAGGUGACAAGAAACCUUUGACCUCAAUUCUAAUCACAGUGAUAAUCGCGAUUCGUUCAUUAACAAUUGACGACAAAUAUCACGGAUGACGUACAUCGAAACUUAUCAAAAUCAAACAAUGAGAGGAUACAUCUAUCUCGUUACAAAAAUAACUUUAUACACACAGACACACACACGCGCGCGCGUCGUUUAAAAAUUGGGAUAUUGGAAACGAAGAGUUGUUACGAAUUGAUACUCGUAUAGUCCAUCGUACGACUGACAAUAACAACGCGUAUAAAUUACGAGUGUGCGUUAGUGAACAAUGUUUAAAGAACGGACUGUUGCGAAGAUCCUAAAAAGAAUUCGCUUAUUUCGUGAAGUGGUGUCAACAGCGACGGAACGAGAGUCAGCUGUAGAAAACGGAACUGUACCGUUAGGCGGCCAAUGCAUCGCAGCACGUGCCAUCGACGCUGUGUACAUUUCAAACCCGAUAUCAAAAACGCAAUGUUUAACCAUGAAGGAGGGUCUAAACUAAACAGUGACGACGCAAAAUCAACAAUUAUAGAAUUAUUUCCAUGGGUCUCAGAAUUUAAGAAAAUGUGCAAAUGUAUAUACGCAGACAAAAGUAUGACUUCUUUGGCAAAGCUUAUGCACUACUAUAUCAGAAAUGUAAGUAAAAGUGUAAAUGAAUGUUAUACAAAGCCUUUAAGAGCAGCAAAGUUGAAGGAUUCUCUUAGUGAAACCUUACUUUUGUUCUUAUAUAUCUAUCGCGAGCUUUCUGAGGACUCUAAUAGAUCUAUUUAUUUAAAUCACAUGUCCGAUUUGUUGGCAUUGUACAUAGAUAUGGAAUUAAAAGCUUCAAGAAAAAGUAAAGAAGAUCAUAGCAAAAUUUGUACAAGACUUACUUCUUGUCUUUAUGUAUAUUUAGAAUAUUCCACAGAGCAUUUGUUAGAUACUUUAAUAAAAAUACAAUUUAUGUGCCGGGGUUAUCAUCGUAUUUUAGAUCCGAUAAUGAAAAAAGUAAUUGAAAAUAUUCCAGCGCAUCCCGAAUCAAAUAUUAUGUACGUUCGUUACCUUCUAAUUUAUUCUCUUUGGAGAAAGGUAAAUAGCGAUAUGGCCGUGAAAAGUCAAAUUACUACAACCGCAAUUGCCUCUCUGGGAGCACCACCAGCUGCUUUUCCACCAUGCGUGUUAGAAGAUGUAUUACCGAAAGUGCCAAAGGGUCAACCAAAUCCAGCAAAAUAUCUCAUGCACCAGAAAUUUGACAUAAGAAAAUGCUGUGAAUUAUUUAUACAGUUCUGUAGAGAAAGCAAAGGAAAUAUCUGGCAACAAAAAAAUGAAAAUGCAGCUACUACUACAAGCCCAUCCAAAAAAACUACUUCACAACUGCUGGAAGUUACAUCACGCGAAAAUGAAAAUAAGUUUAGUCUUGUUUCUUCAGCUAAAGCUGUGCAAAAUAGCUCUGUCCCAUCAGAUAAUUUAAAGUCUUUAAAUGUAAAUGAACAGACAAAUGUUAAACCUUUAGGUACAAUUUCUUCAAAUGUUUCUGUAACACGGACUAUUUCUAAACCGAUGAAACCAAAAGUGCUUCCUCGGAAGAAGAUUAAAAAAUCUGACAAAAUUUUACUAAUUGAUCUUACAACUGAUACCGCUUCUGAAAGAUGUAUAAAGAAGAGAAAAUCAAGAAAAAUUGUAUGGCUCAAAGAAGCAAUAAAAGCAUCACAGAAGAUUAAAAAGCAGCAGAUGGCUGAAAGCGUAAACUCCUUGAAGAAAGUGACUCUUAAUCAACAAGUAGAAAAUUUGCAGUCCUUAAAUGCCACAGAAAAUACAUGUUUGAAGAAUGAUUUGAGUGCAUCUACAAUACGACCCACGAAAUUAGAUAGCGAUAAAAUUAAAUCUAUGCAACAUUUUGAAACGGAACAUAGAGGUACAUCAGUCAGUGGUAGCACAGUACCUACAAAAACGGUGGAUAUGAACAGCAAUGAUAAAAGUGAAAUUGUUGAGAUACCCUGCACAGUCUCUUCUUCUGUUAUCGUUGAUAGACCACAGUCUAAUAAAGCUAAAGCUUCUACAAACUCGUUAUCAGAUGUUGCAAAUGACACUAAUAACAUUAGCAAAUGUCAUGAUGUUAACGCUAUUUCGGAGGCAAAGAAUGAUCAAAAAAUGAAUGAUAUACAUAAUACACAGACUGUGAUUAAACGACUGAUAGAAAAAGAUACUCUGCCUGAAAGUGAAACAUGUAAAAGAGUUGAAAGUUUAAGGAAAAUCUGUGAUUUAGGAACAGAGCGCUCUAAAACUGUAAAUACUCCUCCCGCGAUAUGUGCCCAAGGUGAUUCCAAAGAUGAAGAUGAUAGUACUAAUCAUAAUGCUAACAAUCUUAGUACAACUAAAGAUAAAUUAUCUCCACAUGUAAUUACGUCUCUGGUACACACGCAUCGCAGAAAUAAUGGAAAGGAUGAAACAGUUGAGAAAAUGGAGGAUACAAGUGAUAAUGAAAAAUCUCGGAAGGUAGAAGGUAAAGAAAAUAUUUAUAACACAGUGAAUAAUGGGAUACAGUGUUUGAAAUCAAUCGAGAUCGAUAGUGAUUUAAAUAAAAAGAAAUUUGCAGUUUUUACAACAGUAGCUGAAACUCAUACUAUAACAACUGUAAGUAAUAUGGAAGUACUAAUAAGUAAUGCAACAGAAAAUGCGGAGCUACAACGACUACGCAUUACUGAAAAUACAAAGCAACCAAAGGAACCUGAAUCUCAGGAUGAAUAUGUAUCAGCAAAAUACAAUGUUGCAAAUAAUACUAUAAGUCCUAGUAUAACGAAUGGAGACCAUUCUAAUGUACAAAGAGAUUUAGAAGUUGGUACUUGCAUCGAAAUAAGUGACGACAUAAGGGAUAGAAAAUCCUCUAACCAUAAAAUCAGAGAAACUAUUUUUGAAAAACACACAGCUGAUAAGAAAAAUAUUUCUGAUAUCAUCGACAUGUCACUGUGUUCACAGGAGGAAGAAGUCAAUGAAGAAGAAGAUAUCGACUUGAGAGUAAAUCAUAAAAAAGACAUGAAAAUCGAAUCUAACAGGAAUUGUGGCAAAGAACAUAAUAUAGAGGAAUUAGGAAGAUCUUCUGUACUAUGUACAAAGCUUGAGAAGGAUCUUCAUAGGUUUGACCAAACACACGAUCAUAAAUUACUAAAGGAACCGUACAAGAUAUCACACACAAGAAAUGUUUCAAGUUCAUCGAGAGAUAAAUGCAUUAUUCAAGAUUCAGAAUUACAGGAUAAUAUGGAUGGACUUUCUUUGUUAGCAAACGUUAUUGCAAGUCAACACGUAUCUCAUCUGAAAACUGAGCGUGAGUUAAAAUUCGAACAAAUCAAAGUCAAAGACUACGCAUCGUUACGAAACUCUCCUUGUAAUCAAACUACCGACGACGAAGCGGAUACCAAUGAUUUGUCGUCGAAUACAGUUUCUCAAAUUUUGGAAAAUCCGACUACCGACGUUAUCAAUAGAAUAGUUGGGAUUUAUCCGGAGGACGCGUUGGAUAAAGUAGCGCUUCACGUGGAGGUAAGAUCGACAACUGAUUCCGAUGACCGUGAAAACGAUACAAGCAAUAGUGUUCCACAUAUUGUUCAAACUUCCAUAAAUUAUGAGACAGACACGUUAUCCAAUAAUUUAAGUAUAGUCGAGAACAAUGUACAGUCGAUAAAGGAAAACACAAACGUUAUAUUAAACGGGGAAACGGUCAUGCUGUUACAAAAGUCUCCCAAUAGUAAUUUGUACAUCAUUAAUAAAGCAGUGGAAAAUGCACGAGAUCACAAUAGUGACGAUGAAAGUUGUCCGAUUAAGGAGAAAAACUGGAUGAUUCCACCAGAAGAUUGCGCAUCGUUUGAAGUCGUUAACACGUCGGAGCACAUUUCGUUUAAUUUGGAUCUGCCACAAUAUAGCAAAGAAUUAUCGUGCCAAGAAAACAAGUUUUCCGUUGGGAGGAACAAAAGUAUAAAAAUCGAACCCGAAGAGGAAGGUAGCCUGAUGAAUAUCACGGAGAUAAAAUCUUACGGCAAGAAGGGUUCUCUGUCGGCCGAUGUGUUACCAGCAACGUCGCAGAUCUAUCAGGAUACAAACGUCGCUAACGUGAGCAUCAGCAAGUCGAUCGACAAACGGAAAUCCAAAUCCAUCCUCACUUAUAGGCAGAAUAUUAAGCAAGAGUUUAACAAUCACAUUGCGCCGAAUUGCGGAAUACAAGGAUGCAGCGGAAUUCACUCGCAUCCGCACGAAGUGAUUGAUCCGCAGCAUCCGCUACAUAUUCCGGUCACUCAUCCUACGACAAUAUCUUCAAUUUACGGAAAUUGCGCUGCCGGCACGGAUCUAUAUAUGCCGUACCACAAACAUUGCACCUCCGUGUCGUGUAGUUUACAGAUUAAUUCCACUACUUCGCUCCAUUCCCACAAGAAAUCCGCUAAUUCAUGCGGGAGGUCGCACUGCUCCUGUUUAAAUUGCACAUACGACAUAGUCACGCAUUGUAGACAAUGUAUACACCCUGCCACAGACUCCCACGUGUCUUGCAUUGAAAGUAAUUCUUAUUUUUUGCCCGCACACUCGUCAGUACAAACAUCCGCCGUCCAAGAGCAUGAGAGGACAAAAAGCGAAGCGGUAAUAAGUAAAUUGUAUGACGAUCAAAUAUUGUGUAAAAUAGAGCAGAGAGUAUCGCUACAAAAUAACACAUUGGAGAAGCUGGACGUACAACACGAACCAGAAAAGUUGUUCAAGGACAUGGAGAACAAAUUGCCGCUGAAGAAAAGGUUGAAGGCUCAAGCUAUGAUGUCCAUGGCGUAUGAGAAAUUGCCUAUUAAGACGGAAAAAUUGGAUAACUACCCUGGAAUUCCCAUGAUGUCCAUAGCAGCCUUAGAAGCACUAGAUGGUACACAGAAGCAUCCUUCGCAAAUCAUUAAAUCAUCGUACGAACUAUCUCCUAAUGAAGAAGACAGUCCACAUGGCAGCUAUCAUUACAACUCGAAUAUAGUGCGAAGAGACUACUACAAAGAUAUGCACAUUUCUAAUACACAUCAUAAUAAUGUUACGAAAGAAAGUACAAGGAAUCAUGAGCGUCAAUUUCGAUCGAACGGUGAUCAGUCUAACGCAGUGUGCCUGGAAACUUGUCAGGACAGGACAUUCAAGACACCCGCGCAGCGCAGAGAUGUAACGAGUCCGACAUCUCUGAAGCGUAUAAUGACGGAAACGGAGAUAGAGCAGGAUACUGCGUGCAAAAAAGCGAAAAAAACGCAGUCAUCUAUUAGACAAACGAGAAGCUCAAAACGAAACGUUCCUAAGGUAAAUUAUUGUUACACCGAUGUUGAUCCAGAAUGGAAUUCGUCCGGUGAGUCAAAACGAAGGCGUAAAAAGACUAGUCGAUGAUCAAUACUAUUUCAUUACGAGAAGUCACUGCUGUAAAAAAGAAAAAGGAAAAUAAGCAACCUGUACAGAGGACAAAUGUGUUCUUCAAGCUGUGGCACUGUAAAUCUGUAAAUACAUGUAUAAAACGGAAAUGAAAACUCGUCCUAGGAAGAUGUAGACAUAGACCGUUCAACGUGUUCAAGAUUAGCGUCAGCGAAGAGUUAAACUAGCUACGUAGGAAACUCCUGCAUAAAAUAUUUUUGAUGUUUGGUUAGAUAUCGCUAGAGAAGCAAGUUGUAGAGAAUUUUAUUCCGUUAAAUAUCAUCUCUACCUUGCGAUAUUGUACAUUACAUAAGGCUUUGUAAGAUAAUAUUUAAACUUUAACGUUUUCCUAUCGUGGUUGCAGCGACGUCUGUCGCAAACUAUAAUUUUCCUAAGCAUAAAGUUCUUUUAAAUUAUUAUAAAAUAAGAUUAAAGUUUUUGUACAGUUUUCCGUAUUAAAAAAAUAUAUAUAUACAUAUGUACAUAUAUAAUCAAUGCCAAAAACAGAAAUUUAUGAAAACAUAUUUUGAAGUAAUAUCAUUUUUGAGUUUCCUGAGGAAGACAAAUUUAGAUUCAGGAUUGUAAUACGACCAGGUUGAUGAUUGAAAGAGAGUUAUAUAAGAAUGUAUAAAUUUAAAAAAUCCAAAUACACCUUGAAUGGGAUACACAAUGUACCAGGAGCAUGUUUGCAUAGAUUAAUUACCCGCUUAUACUUGAGUAACUUCGGGCAAGUGUUUAAUGCAAGCACAUAAUGUCAAUAAAUUCGCCAAAUGGUGCAAAAUUAUUUGUAUUGCCGUAAAAUUAUAAAAAAACUGAAAAUGUUUCAUUUCUUCCACUUUGUAAUCUGUCCUGUUACUAUAUAUGGAGACGCAGCCCUAUAUUAUAUCGAAAAAAGAGAGCUAUUGUUUAAUAUAAACUUACAUACAUACAGAUACCUAUCAGAACAAGUAGAGUAGCUAGUCAGAUGAUUCAUAUGAUGACAAGAAACUCCAGGUCCCAUUGAAGAAAUUGAAAGAUAGUAUGCUACAUAACACUGAAAGUAAUCCAUAUAUUUUUCUCGUAAUACAAGUGUUCAUCUUUUGUUAAAAUACGAGUUACGCGAGGGCGCGGUAUUCUAAAAGAAAAAAAAAUAAUAAAAUGACCUAAUCGAGCUUGAUAAAUAAAAGGAAACCGAGGCAUGCAAGAAAAAUGCACAAUUUAGAUAUCGUAUAGUUACCGAGAUAGAGAAGCUUUACAACUAGCAAGCAUCGUAUAGCUUGUUCCUAUGUAAUUACUCAAUAUUUCAGUUCAUUCAAUACGUCUGAACAUCUUGCUUUAAGAAUUGCUUAUCAUGAAUAUAUGGCGUUUAAUGAAAUUAUAUUAAAUUUCAACGCGAAUUAAACGAAAUAAAUUUGUAAAAACGAUUGAUAUAAUUUUUUAAAUGCUGUAUAUUACAUUGUAAACAGUUCUCAUGAAAAUAUUGCUCAUGCUCAUUGAAUUGUAUGUUUAUAUCCUGUGUUAAUGGUUUCAGAGUAUCUAUAUUACUAUUAAACUCUGUUUUUGUUAUAAUAUGUAUCUAAAGCAAAUUAAGUUAUAUUGUCGUUCUUGUGUUAAACCUGAACCAGUCAGCAACAUUAUAUUAUUCUGAUACAAAUGUCCUAACUACGUAUGAUUAUUCCGAGGUAGAUUUGGUUCAAGUAAUGCAUAACUUCAGUGCCAUAUCCCUAUACCUGAUCUCAUAUCUGUGAUCAUUAGCUAAGCUGUAGCUAACAUUUUGUUGUACAAAAAGGAAAUGUACCUUGCUAAGUAGUCUAUUCGAUAGAUUACUUGUCACUGUCACACUUGUCAUUGUUGUACAUUUAUUCGUCUCUUUGUAAAAAUGAUUGUAGUUAGAGAAUUUUUCAUUGUAGAACGCAGUACCUCUUACGUUUACUAUAACGCUGUUUUCUUACUUUCAAGAAUUUAAAAAUUGCUAUAUUUCCCAUACUUGACUGAUAAAGGCGUAUCUUUUUCAUUACUGAAUGUGUUUCUUAUUGUUACUAUUUAUUUAUUAAUCUACAAUGCGAUAAGUCUGAUAGGCUUAAGUUUAACACAAAUAAAUUUAUAAGUUACUAUAGUUAUAUAAAUAUAAUUAGUUCAUCAAAAUUGCCAAAAGUCUUCAUACAUAUGGAUCGAAUAUAAAUAGAUCAUUAAUCAUAAAUAAAUUAUUGUAUGCAUAAAGCAUUUAUUAAGAAAAGUCUGACGUCUUAAAUAUUAAUCAAGUUAGUAUAGUAUAAAGUAUUUUACAUCAGAUGCCUCAUUAAUUCGUGUUCAUCAAAAAUUCAGUAUUGUGUAUGCGUAGAACAUCUCUUUCGUAAUGAUAAAUAAACCUGUAUUUACUUA